CGAUCCCAGCGAGAACACACCAAUUAAGAAGGAAGUUCACCUCUCUGCUAGUUAUUAGCUGCGCAGAAGAAGAAGAAAACUUAAAACGAAAAUCAGUAAGAAAGAUGAAGAAAGUCUGUCCUGUUUUAGUUCUCUUCCUAUCAUUGAUGAUGAUAAAUGGGUGUUCAUGUUUGGACCGUAGCCAAUUCCCUUCAUCUUUUUUGUUCGGGACUGCUACUUCCUCUUAUCAGAUUGAAGGAGCCUACUUGGAAGCCAACAAAGGCCUCAGCAAUUGGGACGUAUUCACCCACAUGUCUGCUGGAGAAAUUAAGGAUAGGAGCAAUGGGGAUACAGCCGAUGAUCACUAUCAUCUAUUUUUGGAAGACAUAGAGUUGAUGCAUUCUCUUGGAGUAAAUUCAUAUAGAUUCUCUAUUUCAUGGGUCAGAAUCCUUCCAAAGGGUAGAUUUGGAGAAGUCAAUUCUGAGGGAAUUGCAUUUUACAAUAAGCUUAUUGAUGCUCUUUUGCUCAGAGGAAUAGAACCAUUUGUUACAUUGCACCAUUUUGAUGUUCCUCAAGAGCUAGAAGAUCGUUAUGGCGCUUGGCUAAGUCCUCAAAUGCAGGAUGAUUUUGGGUAUUUUGCAGAUAUCUGCUUCGAGGCAUUUGGAGAUAGGGUCAAACACUGGAUUACACUCAAUGAAGCUAACAUGGUGGCCCAAUAUGGGUACUAUAGUGGAAUAUGGCCACCAAACCGAUGCUCUUACCCUGCAAACAAAUGCAAAGCUGGAGACUCUGAAUUAGAACCUUACAUUGCUGCUCAUAAUAUGAUACUGGCUCAUGCCACAGCAACUGAAAUUUACAGAAAGAAGUAUCAGGAAAAACAAGGAGGAAAGAUUGGCAUUGUAUUACAUAUCUACUGGUAUGAGCCACUAAGAGAUAUUCCAGUUGAUCGUGUUGCUGCACAACGAGCUCUAGGUUUCAUUGCCGCUUGGUUUAUGGAUCCCAUUAUGUAUGGAGAGUACCCACCAGAGAUGCAACAAAUUGUAGGUCUCAGGCUACCAGCAUUUUCAGAGGAGGACAAGAGGAAACUAGCGAACAAAUUGGACUUCAUUGGAAUCAAUCAUUAUAGCACUCUCUAUGCAAAGGAUUGCCUACUUUCACCAUGCAAUUAUCAUGAUGAUUUACUUAAAGAUACCUUUACUUAUGGAACUGGAGAAAAAGAUGGAGUUCUUAUAGGAGAGCCAACAGCAAUGCCUACAUUCUAUGUUGUUCCAGAUAGUAUGGAGAAAACAAUCAUGUACUUCAAAGAUAGAUACAACAACACACCCAUGUUCAUCACAGAGAAUGGAUAUGCACAGCCUAGCAGUAGAAACAUUGAAGAUAUGCUGAACGACACAAACAGGGUGGAAUACAUGGAGGGUUACCUCACUUCUCUAGUUUCUGCAAUGAGGAACGGAGCAGAUGUGCGGGGCUACUUCCAUUGGUCUUUGAUAGAUAACUUUGAGUGGACUUAUGGAUACAGCAUAAGCUUUGGGUUGGUUCAUGUAGAUCGCACAACAAUGCAGAGGACCCCGAAAAGAUCAGCCAAAUGGUUCCAGCAUUUCCUGAAAAAUGAAGCUCUUCAUGCCCAAGAAUAGCAACAGAACAUUGUGCAUUUGUAAUCUAGAACAGUUUUCAUAUAUAUAAUUAUUUAUAUUUAUUUAAAUUGUUUAUUCUGUGGCAUUUGCAAUCUGAAAUUUUUUUUUGAAACAAAGCACAACAUAUUACAUUGUUCAUUUGUAAUCUAGAACAUUGUUCGUAUUAAAUAUUUAUAUUUAUUUAA